AUGGAAUUCCAGUCCGAGUCCCCAAAGUUUGCUCUGCCUGUGGACUCUGAUCACAAGGCAACAGAGUUCAAAAUCUUCUCCAUAGCCAAACCGCACAUGCGAGCCUUUCACUUAGCUUGGUUCUCAUACUUCUCAUGCUUCCUCACCACUUUUGCCGCAGCACCUCUACUCCCCGUAAUCCGGGACAACCUCAACCUCACCACCACCGACAUCGGCAACGCCGGAAUCGCUUCUGUCUCCGGCGCAGUCUUUGCCCGAAUAGCAAUGGGGACUCUCUCCGACUUAUUCGGACCGCGUCUCGCCUCUGCCUCACUCCUACUCCUCACUGCACCAGCUGUCUUCUUAUUCUCAAUGGCCUCAUCCCCCAUUUCUUUUCUCUUCUUGCGUUUUUGCGUCGGCAUCUCUUUGGCCAACUUUGUUCCAACCAUGUUCUGGAUGAGCUCUAUGUUUUCGCCUCCGGUGGUCGGCACUGCAAAUGGCUUUGCCGGCGGUUGGGGAAACUUUGGUGGUGGUGCGACGCAGCUGAUCAUGCCACUUGUGUUUAGCCUCAUUCAACAUAACGUUGGUGCUGCCAAGUUCACUGCUUGGCGAAUAGCGUUCCAAAUCCCUGCCGUGUUUCAGGUGCUCUCCGCAUUUGCGAUUUUGCUGUUCGGGCAGGAUAUGCCGGACGGUAACUUCCACCGGUUGGAGAAGUCCGGUGACAAACCGAAAGACAAGUUUUCGACUGUUUUCUGGCAUGGGGUUAAAAAUUACAGAGGGUGGAUUCUGGCAUUGACUUAUGGCUAUUGCUUUGGGGUUGAGCUCACUAUGGACAAUAUCAUAGCUGAGUACUUUUACGACAGAUUCAAUCUCAAGCUUCACACUGCAGGAAUUAUAGCGGCGACUUUCGGGUUGGCCAAUAUUGUUUCUAGACCGACAGGAGGGGUUUUAUCAGAUUUGAUGGCCAGGAGGUUUGGGAUGAGGGGGAGGCUGUGGACUCUGUGGGUGCUGCAAACUUUGGGGGGUGUGUUCUGUGUGAUUCUUGGGAGAGUUGGUUCUCUGAAGGCUUCUAUUGGUGUCAUGGUUUUGUUCUCCUUGUGUUGCCAAAGUGCUUGUGGGCUUACAUAUGGAGUGGUACCUUUUGUUUCCAGAAGGUCACUAGGUGUCAUCUCUGGUAUGACAGGGGGUGGUGGAAGCUUGGGUGCAGUUCUGACCCAACUUAUUUUCUUCAAAGGAUCCAAGUAUUCGAAAGAAACAGGGAUUACUCUAAUGGGGGUCAUGAUCAUAUGCUGCACUCUCCCAAUGACUCUAAUACAUUUCCCGCAAUGGGGUGGAAUGCUGAGUGGUCCAUCAUCUAUAAACACUGCCACUGAAGAGGAGUACUACAUGUCCGAAUGGACUUCAGUGGAGAAGGAGAAAGGUUUUCAUUGUGCAAGUGUGAAAUUCGCUGAGAACAGCAGAAGCGAAAGGGGAAAGUCUGACUCUUUAACCAGGACCUCUGAUGAGGUUUCACCAACAGUACAUGUUUAA